GUAGUACGUGUGUGCGAUCGCAAAGAACAUCCGGGGCAUUUCAGUUCAAGUUGUAAUAUAUUUUAGUCGCGGGAACGCUGUGUAGUCUGGAAUGUAGUCUGGAAGGAUUGACUGAUGUUGGCACGUCCUGACAAGUAUGUCCCGACAUCGACGUAGAAGUCGGAACAGGAAUGCCAGCAACAGUAGCAUUAUUACGACCACUAAGAUAAUCAACAACAACGACAACAACAGGACGUUAAAUACACAAGAAAAGAUGCCAGAAGGCGUAACAACAAAUGGGGCAACGAUAUCAGUGACACGUACAAGUGGAGACCUCUGUGCAGGAGCAACUCCAGUGGCCUCCUCUUCAUCUGGUCCCUAUCUGCCUUCCACCUCUACAAGUAUUCUCUCCUCCCUCAAGAAGUUGGUCUGGCAAACCCCUGUGGUGGUGAGUUUGGAUGAUGAUGUCUCACGUAAGAGAAGAAGGGCAGAAGAAGAAGAUGCUAAUACAUUGAUUGCAUCCACACCAGUUCCUGGCAAAGGAAAGCCAAAGAGGAGGAGAUUAGAAAAACCUGAAGAAAUUACAGAAGUUGAAGUUCCAAUUAGUGCUGUAGCUGCCAAGUCCAUAUCAAGUAACGGCACAGAAACCCCUGCAAGAUCUACGCUUCUUGGAACUAUCUUCUCACCAGUCUAUCAGUUCUUUGGAGGUUCACAGGCAGAGAACAAAGAGAACCUGACAGCCGUCCCUGAGAACCUGGACCUGGAUGGGGUCAACCUUGACAAGGAAAACAUUUGUGCCGAGCUCAACACGGCCAACCCGACCACAUCGGCAGCAGGGGGUGAUGCGACCAGGACGACGAUGACGACCAUUGUCCCUUCUGACAUUCACAACUCGGUACCGGUAGCCUGUCCUAGUGAGGAAGAAGAACUGGAGAGGGAGAAGCAGGAACUCUACAAAGAUGCCAAUCACAAUGAUUGGCCUCCGUGCCAGAUAACGUAUCCGACAUAUGAGCCCAUCGAACCAGAAUUCAGCAUAGAAGAUGAGUGGGAAACAUUUGAUCCAUACUAUUUCAUCAAGCAGCUACCUCCUCCUACAGAGGAACAGAAGAAUCGUACACCCGUCCUUCCUCUCAAGACAAGACGGUCCCCAAAGUACUCCCUUGUUCUUGAUUUGGAUGAGACUUUGGUUCACUGCAGCUUAGCUGAGAUGGAGAACUGUACCAUGUCAUUCCCUGUUUACUUUCAAGACAAUGAGUACCAGGUGUAUGUGAGAACUCGACCAUUCUUUCGGGACUUUUUGGAGCGUAUGUCAAAGAUCUUUGAGAUCAUCUUAUUCACCGCAUCAAAGAGAGUGUAUGCAGAUAAACUGUUGAAUCUGCUUGAUCCAGAAAAGAAGCUAGUCAGGCAUCGUCUGUUCCGAGAGCACUGCAUCUGUGUCCAAGGUAACUACAUCAAGGAUCUCAAUAUUCUGGGCAGGGACCUAACAAAGACAGUCAUCAUUGACAACUCUCCUCAAGCAUUUGGAUAUCAGUUGGAGAAUGGCAUCCCUAUUGAGAGUUGGUUUGCAGACGACAAUGACUCAGAACUGCUCAAACUGGUCCCGUUCUUAGAAAGCCUUGUGUCAAUGAACGAAGACGUAAGACCGCAUGUUCGGGCGAAGUUCCGUCUCCAUGAGCUGUUACCUCCUGACUAAAAACAGCAGAGCUUUCAUUGUAAGAAAGAGCACCAUAGAAGAAUCUUGUAUAAAAGUGUAUUUUUGUGAGCUAGUAUGCAAAAAAUCAAAAACAAAAAAUGAGAGAGAAUCAAGAAAUAUUUCUAUGAAUGAUGACAGAUUUUUAACUAUCAUGUACAAAGUAAAAGAAAAAACACAACAAACAUAACCUCUUCAUAACAUUUGCUUGUUGUAUUUUAAGGCUGUGUAAAUAACAAUUGUUUGAUUUCAUUGUGUAAAUACUCUGUAUGUAGACUUAUGGCCCUGUUUGUUUGUUGCAAACCAAGGCUGCCAAAAUCGAGGUUUUCAGUAUCGAUAGAUAUUAAGAACAUAUAUAUAUUUUUUUUGUUUUAUCAAAAAAUAUGUUUCAAGUGAACAGUAGAAGUUUUGUAAUAAGUUAUAUGAGUGCUAGUCAGAUUUUUUCCUCAUCAGAUUAGCUUUAAAAGGUAUUUAUAAUUUUCAGUCACAUAAUUUCCUACUCAAUCAGGUAAUACAUUAUUUUUUCAUCACUUCUCUGUCUAUGAAACAAUAUUUCUCUUUGUAUGCGAGGUAUGAGUACUGUUGAAAUUCAUUUCCAUUUAGAAAAAAAUAUGUACAUUGUACAAUUCUGCUUGUUUCACCUCAAUAUCAGAAAGAAUAUGUUGUAUUUCAAAUUUUUGGGGCUUCCCAUAGACAUAUUUAUUUUGUUUUUAUCUUUUGGCUAUGGGAAAAUAAUAUUAAGUGCCAAAAUUUAAUAAGUACUGAUAAAUUUGAAGAAAAAAUUAUGUACAGGUGGACCAAAAAAAAAGAAGAACGAAGUGAAGUUUAUUAAUGAUGUGUUGCAACUAUUUAUUUUUUUGGAACAUUUUCUUGUAGAGACAUAAAAAAAAUCAAUUUACUAGAACAAAAAAAGAAGAAAAAAUAGGGAGAUGAAUUUAUGGAAUUCCAUCCAGUAUAAAGAGUAAUUUUUUUUUAAAGAAUAAAUCUGUUUUAAAAUGAAGACUAGCAAUUUGGAGAUUUUUAUGCCAGCAACUUGUAGCUUACCUUAUGUAAAUAGUUAUACAUAUGUUUGUAAAUAUUAUGAAGAAACUCAUAUCUUUGUAUAGAACUAUUAUCUUGAUUUUUUUUUUGCUUUUAUUUGUGUUGCUUUAAAACUGCCUUUUUUCUUUAUAAGUAGUACUUGAUUUUUAAUUCUAUUUCUCAUUGAUGUUAUCUUGUUAUAUCUUAAUCUACCCUAAUUUUUUUCCUGAAAUAAUGCAGUAAAUUUGAUCUAUUUUUAUUUUUAGUACUACACCUUCAAUUUCUCAGUAUGACAAUCAGUGAUUUAAGUUUCACUCAUUUUAGUCUAAAUUACUGGUAAUCGAUUUUUAAUACUUUCAAAUAAAAUGUAAAUGUAUUUUUUUUUAUUAAAUCAUUUAUAAAAAAUACUUCUUUGAAAUGCCCUGACUUUAUGAUAUGGUAAUCGUGCAUUAUAACCAUACAUUGUGUGAUCCAAAUUGACUUUUAUAAAGGCACUUUUUCUCCAGAACAUUUUCCUUAAGCUAUGAUUGAGAGUCUUUUGGUGGACCUUUCAUUAGCAUUUACAUACAUUGAAUAUUAGAAUAAACAUACAUUUUUUGUUAUUUUUUCAAGAGAAAAAAAGAGAAAGUUACAAUUCCUCAUGAUAUUUUUGUUCUGGAAUGUUUCACAAUCCACUAAUGCUUGUUAACUAGUCAGUACAUGUGAAUUGGGGGAGUAAAUUAAGGCGACUCUUUUUAUUAAAGUGGAUGAAAUAGCACUUUUCAGUAAAAAUAACUUAUUGCCAUUCCCAUUUGUGGAAGUAUAUCAAACAUGCUAGCUUGAUUCCUUUGUGGGUCUUUUUAGUUUUUAUAAUCUUGUUUUUAUUGUAAAAAUGUAAAUAGAUAUGCUGCUUAUUUCCCUUUCCAUUUUUUCUAUCAUAUGUGAAUGAACUGGAAAAAAAAUGUGUAAAAUGGUGAUCCACUUCAUGUAAAGAUUUACAUAAACUUGGGAGUGUUUUACUUGUUAACUUUUUAGUUUGUCCACAUCAACCUGUAACAUCUUGUUCCUCUUAUUAUAUCAUUGUAAUUUGUAGUGUUUUUAGAUGUCCGCAUUACAUAUUUGUAUACGAGUUUGUUAUAAAACUUAAAAAGAGACAAGUCCCUAAAGCCUGCAGUCUUUGUAUGUUCUGUAUUUCAAAGAAAUUCUCUAAGACAGAUAUUUGACACAGAUUAUUCUACUGUAGUGAUUUACAGCAUAAAUUUCUAUGACAGAGGGGGUCUCCAUGUGCCACAUAUUUACAGAGGUUAUUAUUAAGUGCUUUUACUUUUUAUUCAACUUACGUACAGCAAUGUCAAGACAGUUUGCGGUCCUUUUAAGCUCUGAAGUUGGGGUUACUCAUUUUCUAUGUAUUAUUUUUUCUAUUAUAUCAUACUUUUUUUGUUAAAGUCCACUGUGGCAACAAUAGAAAAUUAAGAUAUUCAUUAUUCAAGAAUAUGGCAAUUGAAGACAGAAAACCUUAGCCAGAAAUACCUGAGCAUUCAAAGCAAUCAAAUUUUCAUAUUUUCCUUUAUUUUUUCUUCUCAAAAUGUAAGAAAUAUAUCUUAAUUUUUAUCCAAGUUUUUUUUUUAAUAUCUAGUUUUUAAAAUCCUUUUUAUGAAAAAAAAAGAGGUUUGUUACACUGAAAAUUAUGUUACUUUAAUUGUUCCAUACAUGUUAUCUUGAAGUAUUUUAUUGUGAAUAAAUAAUUUGUUUUGAAUAUCAAUACCAACAACCAUGACUGCAACCAUGUAAAGAAUGAGGAUACAUGUAUGUAUCCAUUUUUAUACCUUUCCGUGGGGAUAGAAAUAAGUGUGAACUUGCCCCUCAUGUGUCGUUUUAUUUAUUGUAUCAUCCAUGCCUGCACCUUAUGUAUCCUUGUCAUUAAUUACUUUGUCACAAGUUUUGUGAGAACUUAUCUUAUCCAAUAGAUCUGCUAGGAAGAGUAAUUUCAACAAAUAAUAUUUCAGAACUCGAUAAUCGCCUAAAUGCUGCUUUUUGUCUCGGUAUUCGUAAUAACAUUGCAACUAAGCUUGCUGUGCUUUGGGAAGCAUUGCAUUAGUAAGAUUUAAGUUUGUACAAUAUUACUUUGAAAUUCUUGUGGUGCUUCCCAUGAAAAUAAAAAUAAUGCAUCAAUUUGAGACACAUUAUUCUUUUGGUUGAUGAAAUUGUCCAUGAUUUGUUAUGAAUUCCUAAAUAUGUACAAAUGAAUAAAAUAUUAGUAUUGGGGAUGCUCUUUCAUUGUAGCAUUUUUUUUAAAUCAAUGUUCAUCAUGUUACAAAACAGAUAUGCUGCAUGUCAACAAAGUAUAUCAUAUACUGGUUGACGAAUGAGCAUUUGUAUGAGGCAAUGGGUUCUUAGUUCUUCAAUGUGUGCCACUCCUUUGCUCUCUGUCUUUUCUUCUCACCUAUGAUAUCCAAUGAGACUGAAAUGUAUUUCAAGUUUGGUGUCUGUAUUGAGGUGUAUUAGGCUGCUUAAUUUAGCUUCAACACAGAUUGUUGGUUUACAACAUUGAUAUCAUCACUGAAUAUUACUGAUUGCUUAAAAACUAUUGAUGUCUAACCAAGCAUCUUGGACACUUUGACAUUGUUGCUGUGGCUGGUGUAAGAUUAUUCAAACACCAAUGCCAACUGAUGACAUCAAUCCAUCCAUGAGACUAAUGUCCUGACUUGGUUAUCAUUUGACUUAUCUGUAGUUUUGGGGGCCUGGAUGUCUAUUAUUGACAUAAAUUUACUGGAGGAAUGUUGUUGGUCAUCAGUCUGCUGAACUGUUGUAUUAAGUGAUCUAAAGUUAUUUUUGCUUAAGUCUGUGAUAAUGCUGAAUGUGGUACGAAUGAUGUAGAAAAAGGGGGAUCGAGUCAUAAAUGAUAUCUCAGCAAGAAUUGUUGCUGGAUAGGUACUGGAUAAUCUCCUCCACCCCACUGAAGCAUACCAUGAUGUCUAUUUUGAAGAUGAAGCAAAAAGAGGAAAUUGGAGUUUUGGAAUAGUAAAUCUUUCAGAAUGAUUUUUAACUGCAAUAUUUUUGCCAGAGUAUGGAUAAAAAAAUGUUGGCUGUCUUGAAGGAUCCUUUCCCUGAGUCUCGAUCCACAUUUUCCUUUCUUGCAUCAAUAUCAAUCUUCUCUUUGCACAGUUUGGAGUUGCAAGACCCUUUGCUUCUAAGCUCAGGAUUUUACACCACUCUUUGCAAAUGCUGCUUUCUGUUCGUAGAGACAGCUUUUGGUAAAUCAUCGCAGCAGUGUGGAGCUAGCAUGUGCUUUACAGAUAUAUGCAUGAUUAUAUUAACAUUUUCCAUUUGAGUAUUCAGCAUUCUCAUUGUAACCUUGUAAUAAAAUAGGGUAUUAAAGAAAAAUGUUUCAUUCAUUUCCAUGCCUUUGUAUGAAAGUUCACCCAUGGGUUCUAAUACAUAAGUCUUAUUUUUGUUCCCUGACAGUAUAGUUAUCAUUUACUAAGUUUCCUGCUUUGCUGUAGCAUUGUAAUAAGAUGUAAAGCAGUGAAAUGUACUUGUACUUUAUAUGGACAUCAUUUGUGAUUCAUUUGUACAAAAAUUUACAGCAGAUGAUCAAAUUGAACAUUUGAGAGUUUUUAAAGUAUAUGUCACAUAUUCUGUUGCUAACACAUUUUUCAUGGUAUUAAUCACCUCCAUAGAUUUUUGAUUAUCUGGUUAUACUAUUAUUUUAAUCCAUUCCCAAACAACAUGGUCUUUUAAUGGUGUUUACAUUAUUUUUUUAUAGCUUUUGGAGCUCUCUUUUUUUAAAUUAGUUAUCACCAGUCCAGGAAACAAAGCAUUGUAUCUCAUAACAGUGAUAUGUUUAAAAUAAUGUCUAAACUAGCUCUAUAACAACUUAGAUAUGAGAUUAUCCACCCUUUCAUUGAAUUUUGAACAGGUCAUUUCUGGAAAUUUCUUUAAGAUGAACAUACAAAAAAAACAUUUUUUUUAUAAAUAGAAUUGUAUUUCACUCUACUGGUGAUAGCAACAUUUAACAUUAUACUGAAAUAUGAUUAUUUUCCUGGGGGGGGGGGGGGCAAGUUGGCUUUUAUUAUGACUAGGUCAUUGACUUGGUUUUAUUCCACAGAUCAUACAAAGGUGAUUGUCCUAUAGUAUACUGUAUCUCAAUUAUGAAACCAUUUUUGUCCAUUUUCUAGCUCAACCUUCUGAUGUACAUGUACAAAUUGUAUAUACUAUCUUCAUCAUGUGAUUAUAUGUAAUUUGAUUUGUUUUCUUAAACAUUUUCUUUGAUGAAAACCAACCCAACAUCUCAUGGUGGAUGUGAAUUUAUCCAGAUAAUGAGUAUAUGAAUAAUUCAGUUUCAAAAUAAAAAGGCUUUCAUGUUCACUUGACCAAUUUCACUGUAGGGUUUAGUGAUCAAUAUAAAAAUACUAUUUUUUUUUCCUGAUCAUUGAAAGAGCUUUUGAAAAAUCUGUAUUUUCAGUUCUGACAUUAUUGGUGUUAAGGAAAGUAGCAAGAUGAUUUCAAUACAGUAACAAAGGUUUGCAAUCAUUUUUGAUUGGCCAUUGUCAUUUUGUGAUUGGUUGCAGACCCUGGUGUUAAUGGGGCCAAAGAGACAGAAUAAAGUUGUCACUGCAAUCUGUUGUGUUAGUUUGACAAAAUGUGAAAGGGUAGGAGAAACAUCUGUUUCAUUUUUUUUUCAAUGAAAAUUUUUGUUUGUUUAUGCUUGGAUUUAUAUCAAGUUGUUUGAAUGUUGCUGAAAAUUCUGUCUCAGACCAUUCCCUUUCAUAAUAACUUUAAAUACCAUGAUUUGCAAUGCAGCCUACUUUUCAAAAAUUUUAGUUUGAUGAUAUCAUAUGACAUCAAAACUAUGACAUUCAGGGGUUUUUCUAAUUAUCACAGUUCACCAAUGUUAUAUUUGUGUUUGAGAAAUUGUAAGAUAUGACCCUCUGUUAUAGAUCAAUGUACAUGUAGAUGACUGUAGUUAUUACCUUAUUGUAUAUACCUCUUCAUUUAAUCUGUGUGAUUGCUUGUGCCUUUCUGGCUUGUCUACCAUUAAAAAAACAGUUCAACACCCCAAA